AUGGCAGAGGCCGUUGCUUUAACGCUCGACAUUGCGAAACUGAUAAAAAGCCUCAUCGAGUAUGGUCAAGAAGUCCGUGGUGCCAAGGAUGACAUCGCCGGACUUUGCAGGGAGCUGCAGUCUCUCAGAGGCGUACUCGAAGAUUUGGGAGCUCAGCGACCUGGCAAUGUCGCCGAUAAUGGUAUGCGCGACUGUCUGGCCAAUGCAAGGACCCUCGUAGACGACCUACAACAUCGCAUGCAGUCUCGAAACUCACGAGUUCAGCGUGGGCUGCAGUCACUCAAAUGGCCAUUCACCAAAGAGGCGAUAGGAGAGACUCUGGACAGGCUUGCUCGUAUCAACGUGUCUAUCAUCAUGAUCAUGAUGGGAGGCCAACAGAACCUCGUCCCAGAUAUCCUGGCUAUGAAAGAAGAACUGCGAGCCAUUGCAGGCACUAUAAAUGAUGGCUUUGAUUCUACCAGCCGCAAGAAGAUCAUGGACUACGUCGCUCCAGCAUCUCCACACGUACUCCAUGGCGAAACUUGCAGCAUCUGGGAAGGCACCGAUUCGGGAAUGUGGUUCGUGCGGAAUCACUUGCAGCCUUGGAUCCAGUUCCGUACGCCUGAGGAGAGACUCAUGGGUCUUUAUGGUAGCUCUGGCACAGGCAAGACGACGAUUCUCUCGAGAGUUGUCGAGCAUGUCAAAACUCAGAGCUCGGGACCCAAGGUGGCGUACUUCUAUUGCUCAUUCAAUGAUGCUGCCUCUCACGAGGUGCGCAAUAUCGUUGGAUCGUGGCUUGUCCAGCUUGCUACAACAGAUCCCGGAAUACUGGAUCAAUUUCAAGAUGCAGAAGCGAAGAGGGAGAGGAUUCCCAUUGCGUCGCUGGAAGACGCAUUGGUGGACGUGGUGCAGAAGAAUGGUCUUACCCUCCUCAUCCUGGAUGCCAUGAACGAAAGCAGCAACCUGAAGCAGAUCGCCGAAUGUGUUGUGCGGCUUUUGAGUCGUUGCGAAACUCUCCGUUGCCUGCUAUCCUCAACACCAUCCACCGAAAGCUUCUUCUCGGAGAUGGCGUGGCCGAUCGCCACAGUCAACGUCGCUCUGGACGAUGUCAAUCCGGACAUAGAGCUUUACGUGAGACGAACGUGUGAGUCUAGUCAGGUGCUCGUGCGGAGCGUCGACACCAUCGUUGAGGUGCUCGUGCCACAAACCAAGGGCAUGUUCCGGUGGGCAGAGUGCCAGAUGAACACGUUGACCAAGUGUCUGACUCCCAGAAUGGUGACUCAGACAUUAGGACAGCUACCCGGCACUCUGGACGAGACGUACAUCAACAUACUCAGCAGAGUGCAGCCUGAAUACAAAGCUCUGGUCCGAGAAGCGCUAAUGUGGCUCAGCUAUGCUUACCGACCUUUCACCCUGGACGAGCUCGCUGAGGCAGUCGUGAUCGAGGUUAUGAGCUACUUCUGGAUGGACCGAAAAAGCUCAAAUCCAAACAUCAUCCGGACGUGUCUGACAUACUUACUUAUGGACCCGUUCAACUUGAGAGAUUGCAGCGAGACUGCCCUGAGAAGGUACUUUCGGGCAUACCCUUUUCUCGACUAUGCGAGCGUCAUGUGGGCCAUGCACGUCUGUCUGCACGUACGAAGCGGCGGAUCGCUUUCCAAGCAAGACACACAACUCAUCAUGUCUCUUCUCUCCACCCCCGCAACCGGAGGCUCUCACAACAACUUCAUCUUCUGGAUUCGCACCCUUCUGGGAGACCAAGUCGACGGAAACUAUCCCCCUACGCCGCUGUACUACGCUUCAUCCUACGGCUUAGCACCAAUCGUAGAACUCAUGCUUCAAAAUGGCAUGGUAAGCACGGACCCGGCUCAGAAAGCAUCUCCCACCCACAUCGACAUGAAAAGUGGGCGGUACGAGUCCACCCCUCUCCAGGUCGCCGUCUUCCGUGGGCAUGCCGAUGUCGUGGCUCUUCUUUUGAAACACGGGGCGGAUCCAAACACGACUGAUUCCGAUGGAACUAGCUGUUUGUCAUGGGCUUUUGCAGGUCGCGAUUGGCGAAUUGCACGGCUUCUGGUGGAUUAUGGCGCUCAAGAUGAGGAGGAAGAUGUGGAGUACGACUGGGAUGGCUUCUCGGAUCAAGCUGAUGAGGAGCCGCGUGCGAUGCUUCCAUACUUUGGACGAGCGGAGUUCGAUCCGUAUGAUUCCGAGGAAGAAGAAGAUGAUGAUGGUUGGGCUGCGACGCUGAGGUGCUCGUCUAAGAUGGCCAUUGAUGGUAGCGACUGA